AUUGGAGCAGAGUCGUUGACGGCCGGAGGUCAGAGGUGACAAAUCGGGCGGGAAUCGGUCGAAUUCUGAAAACAAACUGCCAUUGCCAUCCUGUUCCACGCCGACAAUGAGCUUCACGUCAGAAGAGGCUCGCCUCCUGCUGCACAAUAAGUUUGUGGUUGUUCUGGGAGAUUCCAUCCAGCGGGCAGUCUACAAGGACCUAGUGCUCUUCCUACAGACUGCGGGCUACUUGACCGACAAACAGCUGCGGACCAAGUGUGAGCAAAGCUUCGAGGGAGACUGCCUGCUGGAGGGCGGGGAGCUGACCAACAGCACGGAUUACCGAGAAGCUCGCCAGUUCUGCCAGCCCUUCCACCUGCUGCGGUUCCACUUCCUCACCCGCGUGUACUCUGACUAUGUGGAGAGGGUCCUGGACGGGUUCCAGAGCGGACCACCGCCGGACAUCCUCAUCAUCAACUCCUGCGUCUGGGACAUCUCCAGGUAUGGCCCGAGCUCCAAGCAGCAGUACUGGGACAACCUCAAGCGCCUCUUUGGCCGGUUGCAGCAUGUGCUGCCGCCCAGCUGUCUGGUCAUCUGGAGCCUGGCUAUGCCCCUGGGCCAUUCUCUCAAGGGGGGCUUCCUGCUUCCAGAGCUGCAGCCACAGUGCCAGAGCCUGCGCAUCGACGUGAUGGAGGCGAAUUUCCACGGGGCGCGGCUGGCGGCCGAUCACGGCUUCGACGUGCUGGACCUGCACUUCCACUUCCGGCUGCGGCUGAAGCAGCGAGCGGCCGACGGCAUCCACUGGGACCAGCUGGCACACCGCACCAUCACCCACCUCCUGCUGCGGCACAUCGCCGAGGCCUGGGGGGUGUGUGUGCUCGGGCGGCGGGCCCCAGCCCUGGAGCAGUCGGAAUUCGGUGCCCGAGGACCCGUCCUUCUCGGCUGCAGCGGUUCUGAGGAAACCCGCUUUGUCUCCGACCUGCCCGAGUCUGGUCCAGGAUACACGAGCUUCAGCAAUGCCUCUGGCCCUGCCGCCCAGAUGCCGUGGGAAUUCGGUGCCCGGGGACCCGCCCCUCUCGGCUGCAGCAACCCUGGGGAAACCCGCUUCGUCUCUGACCUGCCCAAGUCUGGUCUGGGAUACAUGAGCUUCAGCAACGCCCCUGGCCCUGCCGCCCAGAUGCCGUGGGAAUUCGGUGCCCGAGGACCCGCCCCUCUCGGCUGCAGCAACCCUGAGGAAACCCGCUUCGUCUCUGACCUGCCCAAGUCUGGUCUGGGAUACAUGAGCUUCAGCAACGCCCCUGGCCCUGCCGCCCUGGUGCCAUGGGAAUUCGGUGCCCGAGGACCCGUCCCUCCCGGCCGCAGCAGUCCUGAGGAAACCCGCUUUGUCUCCGACCUGACUGAGUCCAUUCCAGGAUAUAUGAGCUUCAGCAACGCCCCUGGCCCUGCUGGUAGGUUGCUCAUCUCCCUGGGGCCGUGUACAGCCGGCCCCACGCUGUUCUCUGGGGCCAUGUACAGCCAGCCCCGCGCUGUUCCCUGGGGCCGUGUACAGCCGGCCCUGCGCUGUUCCCUGGGGCCGUGUACAGCCGGCCCCGCGCUGUUCCCUGCCCCAUGUACAGCCGGUCCGGCACUGUGUGUCCGUGUGAUGGCCAGGGCUCUGUUCUCUGUAGUCCUGGUGUGUCUGCAGUUGUUUGCACACUGCGCGGAAUCUGUGUCUGGGAGCGACUGA